AUGCGUACAUCUCCUCCACCUCCACCCCCUCCACCACCUCCUCCUCCUCCUCAUCCUCCUCCUCCUCCUCCCUCUGUGUAUAUCGUAAGAGUUCGUGGGAGCAUAAGUGGCAGCAGCAGCAGCAGCUUUGGCUGUGACAAGAGAAAUGCAGUUUCCAGUGGCUGCCCUUGGAACGACGUCUGGAUGCUGACGAAGUGCUCUGCCACCUUGGCUGCAGAUAUACUUGUACGCUCUCUUAUCACCAGAUAUGACCAGAGAACGUCAGAUAUCCCCAGAUAUAAAAGAACAUCGCGCCAAGAGAAUCACGAGAUUAUGGCUUUGCUUUGGCUGAAGGAGGCUUGUCAUAACUGCCAGGGGAUUUGCGGAGAGUAG